CCCACCCUACAGUCUGACCCCGAAGGCCUAGACUUCGACUCUGCUGGCCAAGACUACUUUUCCUCUGGCCAUGAGUUCGACUAUCUCUUCCAAGAAUUGUACCUGGACUCUCUUCAUGAAGAUCUUCUUUCUCAGUCUAUGCCAGGCGCCAUGAUAGAGACCUCUGCAGCCACGUAUGACUCCCACCGGACUGCCGAACCAGAGGAUCUCACAGAGGCGGAGAAAAAGGAGCUCAAAUCUGAGCUUGGUAAAUUGGAGGCAGAAAUUGUAACCCUACGCUGUGCGCUGGCAGCCAAAGAGAGACGCUGCGUGGAGCUCAAGAGGAAGUUGGACCUGACGGCCUUGGUGGGGCUGAGGCAGAAUCUGUCCAAGAGCUGGCACGAUGCUCAGGUCUCCAAAGCCUACAAGAAACAAAAGACGUCAGCUGCCCUGUCCACCACGGGCUCUGCCAUCUGCGGGAAGCUUGGAGACAUGAAGAAAUCGGCCACAUUUAGAUCCUUUGAAGGUCUUCUGGGGACAAUCAAGUCCAGAGUCGCAGGUGGCAGAGAGCUAGGCAGUGACUGCCUUCCUUCUUCAGCGGGGAGUGGGGAUGAUCCGCUCCCAGUUUCCGGGAGUAGGGAUGAUCCGCUCCCGGUUUCAGGGAGUGGGAGUGAUCCAGUUUCGGGAAGUAGGGAUGACCUACUCCCCUUUCUGGAGCCAGAAUGA